AUGGCUAAUAUAUCUUUCCAAUACAAAGGAAAAAAUAGACUGAUCCCUGAUAGUGACGAAACUUUUAAUAAUUUUGAGGUUGUUGUAAAGCUAUGCAAAAGCAUCUUUAGCAAGGCUGAUCUUAUAUUAGAAAUGCAAUGGUUAUGGCUAUGUAAGACAAAAAUAGACAUGAAAAAGGAGGGAAUAAGAAUUUAUGGUAACUUUAUACCAUUUUGUAAGGAUAAGGACAAUGGCGAGUCUUUUUAUAAUUCCAAUUCUGAGUCCAGUGAAGAAAAAAUCUGGCAAUAUGAAGGUGAAACCUAG